AUGGAUUCUUCAGGUAAGAGGGAGAGCCUACCACCGGUCCCGGCUUGCUCGUAUAGCCGUCCGUUUAUCCACCACCACCACCACCACCAUCAUCGGUGUCUCGAACUGUCACCACAUUGUCAACUGCACGGCGGCUACCUUUUGCAUCCAAGCAGUCAUCAUCACCACCACAGUGCCACCGCCCACAGCCACCAUCACCACCUGGAGUUAUCGCCUGAUUGUCCACUCCAUGGAUAUCUACUACCUUAUUGCCCAUUGCACAGCUCAAAUUCCUACUCAAUCAAUCAGUCAACAACCAAUUUCCCCAUAAUCCCCAAUUUUGCUCCGACAAUUCCUCCUCCGCAAAACCCUAACCUCUCCAACCCUAAUAUCAACAAUUUGAACUCCAUACAACUUGAAGCUGAUACAAAUUCUAAAUCUGAAGCUCUAUUGAUGCAAGAAAGGAAUAAAGAAGUCGAAGAUGGAAAUGAAGAUGAAGAUGAAGAGGAGAUUAUCUUCGUGUUAACUGACGAAUGGAAAGAGUUUUUUGCAAAAUCUGAAGCUAAACGGAGAUUAGCAAAGAAGAAAGCAAAAAAGAAGGGUAAAGAUUAAAAGAGCUUGCAUUUGUUCUUUAUUUCAGGUACAACCACCAAAAUUGUAAUGAUCCUCUAUAUGAUAACUACUACAAACUUGAAUGAUUUUGAACUUGCCUUCUUAUGGCUUCUAACCAAACCAAACAUACCUAAUAUAUCUCAUCAGAGUAGGGUCUAGGGAGGUAUGAUGUAUGCAAACCUUUCCUUGAGAACG